CAAACAGUAGCGAUUUCACACACGUAACUACAUCCCUCUCAAGGACCAGACUUAAGGUCUUGGCGUACAACAUGGCAAAACGAUUGUCUGCGAAGUUCUCAAGGAAUCCGGACUGGAGGGGACAUCCGCCUUUUACGGAAGAGACACGUCAUGAACUAUUGGAGUACGUGACAUCAUGGAGACCAAGUGAGCUCGUACAAAAAACAUAUGGACAAAAGGCUAUUCGGUUGCUGAUUUUCGGCCCAUCAGGUCACGGGAAGUCCUCCUUCAUCUCAAGCAUUAAGUCGUGUCUUGAUGGAGAGAUUGGGCAGGGGGCUGUUGUUGGAGAGGGGAUGGCACAAGUCAGCCGACAGUACAACGAACAUCCGAUGAUAUACAAGGGGGAAGACCUACCGUUCGUGUUGUGUGACUCCCGGGGCCUGCACGAGGAAGGAGGAGGCGCUGGGAUUGAUGGGAUCCGGAUGAUUAUUACUGGACAAUUUCAACAAGGAGAAAUUAUGCCAACCCACGAGGAAAUGAUAAUUGACCCAGUAAUGCCUUUCAAAGCUACGGAUCUUCCCUUGGGGAUAAUCUUUGUUGUUGAUGCAACAAAGUCAGACAUGCUCUGGUCAAAACUUUCAUUCAGAUUGUAUCUAGAAAAGAUCAUCGAUUUCCUCAAUGACAAUGAAAUUCCCCGAUGCGUUGUUAUGACACACACUGAUGCUGUGGUUUCAUCUGACUUGAAGACGACGUUCUCGAAUAAGCUACUCGAAAGUGCAGCCGUUUCAGCCGGAAACCUUUUCCGUGUACCUAAGAAUAAUGUGUACCCUGUUAAAUGUUACACAGAAGAAACGGGGACAAAAAAGAAGGUUGACAUCUUGCUGUUAUGUGCCUUAAAGGGCAUACUGAUUGCUGCUAGGCAUAGGGCGGAGUUCAUAGCGAGAUUAAAUACGCGAUCACAAAUACGAGACCACGGGUUCGAGCCUCGAGGCAGACGUGCUUCUUAUAUUUAAAUACAGAUAUAAUCCACAUUGGAGCCAGGACAUAGGUGAAACUAUUUUCGGUAAUUCUCACUGAGCUUUAUGUUUGGUUUCUUGCUGAUCGUCCAGUUCGGUCCAGUUGUUUUAUUGUUUGCGACGACCCGCAUAGCAGCAUGUCGUCAUAUCAAGGCAUUUUCGCAAAUGACUAAUUAUAUACUAAACAUACGCCAUGCAUUGUACAUGGCGUCACAAAUGAUUUACGUGACGUUCCAACAAUAAUCUCACGGAGCCAAUACCCCAUUUGAGAAACCCAUCGUUUUCUACAUCACUCAGACAAUGACAGUGGGUAAUAUAUACAAAAUAAACAUACUCGUGGAUUCUAAUUCCGGAUUAUCUAAGUCCCUCGACAAUGCUCGGAAUUUGCAAAAUACAUUCACUUUAGGAGUCAGAAAAGGGGGAAUGUAUCAAACCAAAACAAAACGUUCAACAUUAUCAACAGCCAAAAGCAAUUAUCCCCCAAAACUAGUCCUAAAUAUGAUUCAGUUGCUUAAUUGUUUUCUAAGUGCGGUGAUCAACGCUGUCGUACUUGAAGUAACAUAAUUAAAGGAUGUUCUGUGCAAAAUAUGCAUUAUGAUAAAAAAAAAAUGUCAUUGACGUUAUUUGCAGUGGUGGUAAUGAAAAGUAUAUCGGGAAAACGGAACUGAAAUUAAACAAGCGAAACAAUCUGUUCCGCUCGCAGAUAAAAUAGUCACCUCACGGAACUAUUCCACUUAAAAACAUGUAGAUAAAAUGGAAGAGACCAUUUUUAUGUUUUCCUGUUCACAAUUAUGAUGAUAAACCACAUUACCACAAAAAGAACAGCAUGUAAUCCAUUAAUAUGCGCCAAAAGUAAGUGUAAAGUCAAACAUUCACUAUUCCGUUGUACCUUGUAUUGUGACGACACAGUCCAACUACUCUGAUGUCAUGAGAUUACUAAGCAACGUCCUUUUGUCUGUUUUUCAGCUUACACAAUGUGUAUUGUUCUAGAGUCGUUUCUGCUUCAAGUUCUCAACAUUUUCCAUACAUUGUGUUUGAUAGUUUUCUGUGAUUAAGUUGGAUCUGACAGUCAGAAGUACAAAUAUAUACAUGAUAUUGUUUUAUCCAUGACGUAGAUUCAUAAACAAAACGUUCAGAAAGUAGCUAUGUCAAUCACGCCUUAGUUCUGUCAUAACAUUGUUCUAGGGUUAAUAGUUAUGUCAACGAAAGACGUUCGUUGCAACAAUAUAGUGACGUCAUAAGAAUAGUUUAUGAGAACACAAAGUUCUCACAAACUAUAAGCUUUUUAAAGUAAAAGUAGACAUGAAGAAUAUAAAUAACAUUGUGAUGAAUUUAUGUGCUGCAGCUGUUGUUCGAUAUUUUACUGCAGAGGUUGUGCGUACAUUGCAUUGACAUAAAUUAAAAUACAGUUUGUAAAUUAUGUAACCAGUCCUGUGUAAGUCACAUGUAUAUAUAAACAUGUAUGUAUAAAAUGGUUGCUGAGUAAUGUUUUUUUAAUUUUGGUUACCAUGUUUCAUUAAAUUGUUACUGUGUUACUGUUUUAUUGAUUCGAGCGAACGUGUGAGAGCGAGGCGUGUAAAAGUCACGUUUCAGAAAAUAAAAUUUCCCUCUGA